AUGGAGGGAGAGGUAAAAGGUGGCACUGUUUGGAUAGCAAGUCAGUCCACUUUUGUGCAAAUUUUUCUUGCUAAUCUUGUAGCUGAUGGUUCCAAAACAUCAAGUGGUUUCAAGAGAGUUCAUCUCAAUGCUUGUGCUAAGGCUUUGAAUGAACAUUUUAAGAUCAAUAGAACACAUGAACAGAUUUCCAACCACUUGAAAAUAUUGAAGAAAAAGUACAUUAGGAUCAAUCAACUUAGGAGCAAGAGUGGUGCUGUUUGGGAUGAAGAGAACUUUAUCAUCCGUUAUGAUCAUGAGAUGUACACAAGUUAUUUUAAGGAUGAGAGCGGAAAGGAGAGAAAUAAGGGUGAUGAUGAGUAUAUAAACAAACCUCUUCCAUACUAUGGCAAUCUAGCUACAAUCUUUGGUGAUAGUGUUCCAACAGGGCAAUUUAUGAAGACCUCAAGUGAACCUCUUGUUGUAGAUGUUGAAGAUGAUACACAAAAGAAUGAGAUGAAUGUUGGGACACCAUCUAGUUCUACUAUUGAUAAAGAUGACACGGCGGCUUCAGGCAAUAGGCCCUCCAAGAGAGCUAAGAAGGAUGACAAUGGAGCUGAUCCUUUGGUUCAAACCUUUGAUCAUGGUACUCAAACCCUAGCUAGUGCCAUACGAGAUGCAGCAUCAAAGAAAGCUUUGCCACCGAGUUUGUUUGAAGCUGUGGAUAGCCUUCCUGGUUUUGAGCUUGAGCAAAAGGCUAAGUACUAUUCUUAUUUGUUGAACCAUCCUAAUGUUACACAUGGCUUUGUGGAUGCGCCAUUGCUGUACAAGCUCUCUAUGGUUACUGAGUUCAUUAAUGCUAAUAUGUAG